GCGCGCCACGCCAUCACCGCGGCGACCGGGGCGCCGCUUCCCGCGCCGCUCGCCGCUUCCUGCGCCCUUCCCGCUUCCCGUCCCGCUUCCCGUCCCGCUUCCCGUCCCGCUCCCCGCGCCAUGCUGACCUCGCGGACGUUCGUGAAGCGCACGCGGGCGGGCGCGGUGGUGAAGGUGGUGCGCGAGCAUUACCUGCGCGACGACAUCGCGUGCGGCGCCGCCGCGUGCCGCCUGUGCACCGGCACCGGCAGCGGGAGCGGCAGCGGGAGCGCGCCCGGGCUGGAGGCGCGGCCCAGCGGCCCCGCCAGCAGCCUCUGCCCCGGGCCGCACUUCCUCCUGCCCGACACCAACCUGAUCCUGCACCAGAUUGAUAUCCUUGAAGAUCCUGUUAUUAAGAAUGUCAUUGUGCUGCAGACUGUCCUACAAGAAGUCAGGCAUCGGAGUGCACCAGUGUACAAGCGAAUUAGGGACAUGAUUCAAAACCCAGAAAAACAUUUCUAUUCUUUCACCAAUGAGCAUCACAGAGAAACAUACAUAGAGCAGAACCGAGGAGAAACUUCCAAUGACCGCAAUGACAGAGCCAUUCGGGUAGCAGUGAAAUGGUACAGUGAACACUUGAAGAAAACAGAGGAUGAGGAAAAGAUUCAAGUUAUCCUUUUAACAAAUGACAAAACUAAUAAAGAGAAGGCUCUGGAGGAAGGAAUAACUGCUUAUACAUGUGAGGAGUAUAUAAAAAGUUUGACAGCUAAUCCUGAGCUUGUAGAUCGUCUCGCUUGUGUAUCUGAUGAAGGGAAAGAAAUAGAAGGUGGAAAAGUAAUAUUCCCAGAACAUAUUCCUCUUAGCAAAUUGCAGCAAGGAAUAAAAUCUGGUAUUUACCUCCAAGGAACUUACAGGGCAAACAGAGAGAAUUAUCUUGAAGCUACUGUUUGGGUACAUGGAGAUGCUGAAGAAAACAAAGAGAUAAUUAUACAGGGACUGAAACAUUUAAACCGAGCAAUUCAUGAAGAUGUUGUAGCUGUGGAGCUGUUGGCAAAAGAUGAGUGGGUGGCACCAUCCUCAGUGGUCUUGCAAGAUGAUGGCCAGAAUGAAGAGGACAUUGAAAAUGAAGACGAGAAAGAAAACAUUCUGAAGACUUCCGUUAACAAGGACAUGCUGAGGCCUACGGGAAGAGUAGUGGGCAUUAUAAAAAGAAACUGGCGGCCGUAUUGUGGGAUGCUUUCCAAGUCACAGAUCAAAGAGGCAAGGCGCCAUUUGUUUACACCAGCUGAUCGCAGAAUUCCUCGCAUUCGAAUAGAAACCAGACAAGCAGAUACACUGGAAGGGCAAAGAAUAAUUGUUGCCAUUGAUGGUUGGCCCAGGAAUUCCAGGUAUCCUAAUGGUCAUUUUGUAAAGAAUUUGGGAAGCGCUGGAGAUAAAGAGACAGAGACAGAAGUUCUUCUGCUUGAACAUGAUGUCCCUCACCAGGCUUUUUCCCAGGCUGUCCUUAGUUUCCUACCAAAAAUGCCAUGGAGCAUUACAGAAGAGGAUAUGAAACACAGAGAGGACUUAAGGCAUCUGAGUGUUUGUAGUGUUGAUCCUCCGGGUUGCACAGAUAUUGAUGAUGCAUUACAUUUUAGAGAAAUAGGAAAUGGAAAUCUAGAGGUUGGUGUACAUAUUGCAGAUGUCAGUCAUUUUAUUCGCCCAGGAAAUGCUUUGGAUGAGGAGUCAGUAAAAAGAGGAACAACAGUGUAUCUGUGUGAAAAAAGGAUUGAUAUGGUUCCAGAACUGCUUAGUUCCAACUUAUGCUCUCUGAGAUCUAAUGUGGACAGGCUGGCAUUUUCAUGCAUAUGGGAAAUGAACCAUAAGGCUGAAAUUCUAAAAACCAGAUUUACAAAGAGUAUUAUUAAUUCCAAGGCUUCUCUUACAUAUGCUGAAGCACAGAUGAGAAUCGAUUCAGCAACUAUGAAUGAUGAUAUUACUGUCAGUCUACGUGGACUAAACAAAUUAGCAAAAAUUCUGAAGAAGAAAAGAAUUGAUAAUGGAGCCUUGACACUUGCAUCACCAGAAGUUCGUUUCCACAUGGACAGUGAAACUCAUGAUCCUAUUGAUCUGCAGACUAAGGAGCUCAAAGAGACGAAUUCCAUGGUUGAAGAGUUCAUGUUGCUUGCCAAUAUUUCUGUAGCACAAAAAAUUUAUGAUGAGUUCCCAGAAUUUGCCUUGCUCCGGAAACAUCCCGCUCCUCCCCCAUCAAAUUAUGACAUCCUUGUGAAGGCUGCAAAGUCUAAGAAUUUGGAAAUUAAGACAGAUUCAGCAAAGGCUUUAGCUGAAUCAUUAGACAAAGCUGAAUCUCCUACAUUCCCCUACCUAAAUACACUGCUGCGAAUUUUGACCACUCGCUGCAUGAUGCAAGCUGUUUAUUUCUGCUCGGGAAUGGAUAAUGAUUUUCAUCACUAUGGUUUAGCCUCACCUAUUUACACUCACUUUACCUCACCUAUCAGAAGGUAUGCUGAUAUCAUAGUCCAUCGGCUUUUGGCAGUGGCCAUAGGAGCAGACAGUACUUACCCAGAACUUACAGAUAAACACAAACUGGCAGAGAUGUGUAAAAAUCUCAAUUACCGACAUAAAAUGGCACAAUAUGCACAAAGAGCCUCUGUGGCAUUCCAUACACAGCUAUUCUUCAAAACCAAGGGAGUAGUAAAUGAAGAUGCAUAUAUAUUAUUUGUAAGAAAAAAUGCAAUUGUGGUUCUGAUUCCCAAGUAUGGGUUAGAAGGAACAGUCUUCUUUGAAGAAAAAGAUAAAACAACACCAAAACUGGAGUACAACAGUGAGGUGCCAUCACUUACUGUGGAAGAUACAACAUUUCAUGUAUUUGAUAAAGUUAAAGUGAACAUUAUGUUAGAUGAUUCCAACAUCCAACAUCAGAAAAUGCGGAUGGUCUUGGUAGAACCCAAGAUAUCAGGAAAUUAUAUGCCUGCAGAGGCAAGCAGCAAGGAUGAACCAGAGAAAAAGAAAAAGAAACUACAAAAAUAGAUGGAUACAAAAGUUAAGAAGAAAUCACAAGUACUUGCAUUUACAUAUUUUUCCCUAUGGGCAAAAAAUGCUAGAAGCAGGUUUUGUUUACUUUUUAAAUACUUUUUAAUAAUUUGUAAAGAAUUUUUUUAAAGCUACUUUUUUAUGACUGUGAAUGGCAGAACAAGUUUUAAAAUCAUGUAUAUCUAGAUCUUUGUCCUGUGGGUGAAAAUAAAUGUUUCUGCAAAGUGAAGAAA